CUUUCUAAUAUCACGUGCUUUUGUUUACUAGGAAAAAGCGCGUGUGUCAACUGAGCUAUCAACAAUACAGCUAUUUAUCCAUAAAAUAUAUAUAUAAACACAGGCUUUAACAUAAUUCAACAAAGAGGCAUUUUAUAAAACAGUUAGGUAAUAAAGAUGCGAUCUUAUAUCGCGAUGUUUUGGAGAGGCUAACGUUAAUUUUGACUCUUUAGCCUGAGAGCUAACAUUUGCUAAGCUAGCUGUCAACUCACGAACUAUCUUUGCUCUAACAAAUGAUAAGAGCAGCUGCCCAAAUGUUCAAGAUAACUUAGCGGUUAUAAAAUAUAGUUAACUAACGUUAGUAGCUAUGCGGUCCUUGAACUACGUUCAGCGUGUCGGCUUGGAUUUUACAGGAACUCUGUUUCCGCAUGCUAUCUGUCUGGGAGAUGCAGACAACGACUCGCUGAACGAGCUGGUUGUGGGGGACACCAGUGGAAAGCUGCUUGUGUACAAGAAUGAUGACUCCAAACCCUGGAUCACAAGAACCUGUGUGGGCAUGCUGACCUGUGUUGCAGUUGGAGACGUCUGCAACAAAGGAAGGAACUUUGUGGUGGCUGUUGGUGCAGAGGGCUGGUUCCACCUCUUUGACCUGACAGCUGCCACUGCAAGUAAAGCAGAUUCAUCCAGUCAGCAUGAAUCCAUGUCCUCUGAUGACCAGAAGCCCCUCUUCACCCAACAUAUUCCUGCCAACACCAAAGUCAUCCUUAUUAGUGAUAUCGAUGGUGAUGGCCGCAGUGAGCUGGUGGUGGGCUACACAGACCGAGUGGUGCGAGCUUUCCGCUGGGAGGAGCCGUCUGACAGUUCAGACCUGGGAUCUGGACAGCUGGUUCUGCUGAAGAAAUGGCUUCUGGAGGGGCAGGUGGACAGUUUGUCAGUGAACCCGGGUCCAGAGGGUUUACCAGAGCUGAUGGUGUCUCAGCCAGGCUGUGGCUACGCUAUCCUGCUGUGUUCCUGGACACAACAGGACUCCACCAGCUCUGGAGAAGAGGCUCCUGCCACCCCUGGGAGUGAGGGACCUUCCAGAGAUGUAGUUCUCCAUCUGACCACUGGGCGGAUACACAACAAGAAUGUGUCCACUCAUCUAAUUGGCAGCAUAAGCAAAGGCUCAAAAGAGGAAUCUUCUAAAUGUGGGCUGUUUGCUCUCUGUACGUUAGAUGGUACCCUGAAACUGAUGGACAGCUCAGAGCAGCUGUUGUGGUCUGUCCAGGUGGAUCAUCAGCUCUUUGCGCUGCAGAAGCUUGAUGUUACUGGAGACGGCAGAGAGGAGGUGGUAGCGUGCGCCUGGGAUGGUCAAACCUACAUCAUUGACCACAAUCGGACAGUAGUGCGGUUCCAGUUCGAUGAGAACGUCAACGCCUUCUGUGCGGGUCAGUAUACAUGUAAGGAGGGUAAGAACAGCCCCUGUCUGGUGUAUGUGAGCUUCAGUCACAGAAUCUACGUCUACUGGAAGGUGGAGCUGGAGCGCAUGGAGUCCACUAACAUGUUACGGGUCCUGGAGGAGAAACCUGAGUUUAAGAGCCACCUGAAGGUGCUGGGAGUCGAUACUGAGGACCCAGCAGCAGUGAGAGCCCUGGUGGCAAAUGUUCUCUACAAUGAUUGACUUAGACAUCAACACACUGCUGUCUCUGUUUUCCCCCCUGACUGUAAAUACUCUGUUAAUAAACACUGAAUGUCCGUC